UAAGGCUGCGUACAAUAGAUCCUUGUGGUCCGGCCCUUCCCCGGACCCCGCACAUAGCGGGAGCUUAGUGCACUGGGCUGCCCUUUAAUGAUCUAAGCUCCUUGUAGCAAGUGACAGAAGAAAAGUUAAGUUGCAUAUCCAACAUUUGCAAGUUAUUCAAGUGGAAAUCAAUAAUUCUUAGGAUCAUAUAUUUAUUUUAAACUUCGCUUGCUUGCUACUAUACAAGUAAAAGAAUGUUCAAGUAUGUUUUUUGAAAACUCAAAACUUUUACCUCCCUUCUUUCCUGGAAUUGAUAAGUUUUAUGGGUGGACUCCAUCUCCCCCUUUGGUUGUCAGAAUUCAUUGCAGGGUUCAGAGCUCCCAACGCCUCAGGAUCGAAUGUCAGACGCAGGUGAUAGAUACAACAUUGGAGCGACUUCGAAAAAGUUGGUUCAGCCAUUAUCCAGUCCGAUGCCACCGCUACCUCCUAGGAUGAUGCCUCCUCCACCACCACCACCACCAAAGUUUCAUUCAUCAACAGAGAAAGUGCAUGCCAACAAUGUAGCUCACAAAACACCAUGUAAAAUUGUUCCAGAUACUUUAGUCCAGCUAAUGGAAUAUGGGGAUGAUGAUGACGACGAUGACACUGAUGAAGCAAUUGACAGACCUUUGAAAAGCAGCUCAAAUGUGGUAGCAGCUCCAAAACCAUUCUGGGCUGUUUAAUAAUGAGCAUUGCACAUCUCUUGAAAAUUUUGGCAACAACAACUGAAUGUUAACUGGACUGAAUGAUCGUUUCAAUGGACCUGGAACUGGCUGGUGGAUUUUCCUUGGCUGAGGAUCAUGUUUAUUGUGAAAUAUUUAAUAUGUACCCAUCCCCCAUCCCCCACCCCCC